AUGUAUAACGUUGUUGGUAGUGUUAUGAUUAUUAUAAUGAUUCUGGGAAAUUUGGAAAAUUUUACUGUAAUCUAUACAUAUGUUACGAAUAGGAAAAUUCGUACAGUAGAUAAUGUGUUUAUUGUCGGAAUUGCUGUCAGUGACAUGGGACAAGCUAUUUUAGGAGUACCACUUGUUGUUGCAUCUAGUUUUAGUAAGCAUUGGAUAUUUGGAUAUAGAUCAUGCCAGUAUUACGCCUUCAUUACAACUUUUCUAGGAAUAUCUCAAGUUGCUUUGUUAACCUCGUUAGCAGUAGAUCGAAUUCUUUUAUUAAUAGGUGCUUUUAUUUUAUCGUGGCUGCCAUAUUCUGUUGUGUCGAUGUGGUCAGCUUUGGGAAUCUACAAAUCUAUUCCUGCUUGGUCACAG